AGCGCAGAGGCCGCAUCCCCUGCGCGGUGCAGGACGUCGUGGGGGUGGGGGACGGGCUCGCGCGGGACUUGGCCCCGAGAGCGCGCCGGGGAGGGGCGGUUGGGGUCCCGGGCAUGGCCCCGGGCCAGCGGGCUCUGCUGCUGCUGCUGCCGCCUCUGCUCCUCCUGCUGCCGGCGACCCCGGCCCGCGUCUUCCCCGAUUACCAGUACUUCGGCCAGCGGGGCGGUGGUGACACUUGGGAACAACUACGACUAAACCAUCAAAAGGACUUGCAAGACUCGAUCCUCGGCCCGUGGGGAAGGUGGAGCUGUCUCUGCGACCUGGGCAAACAGGUGCGCAGUCGCGGCGUGCUGGGCACUGCGCCGGGCCCAGUGUUCCUGGACCGCGAGCACCUGGUCCAGGUGAGGCCCUGCCGGCUUCGGGAUUGUUCGUCCUGUCAGCCCAUGGAUUGCGACUGGAUGCCCUGAGCCAGGCCCCAGAGCGCCCCGGGACCAGCCUGCCAAGACCCGGAGCCCGUUGCGCUAGGCAAAGACAGACGCGCUCGGCCGUGGCUGCUGGGAACUACAAUUCCCGAGAGGCUGCGCGGCGUGGACGUCGGCGUCCGCUCCCACGACGCCCGCGG